AUGUUAAUCUUGACUGGAGAUUUUCCCUCGCAAAAUGAACAAGACCCGUACGCGUAUGACGACCCCAACUUUGGCAUGGACGAUGACGAGGAGUUCGAGGAGAUAACCCAGGAGGAUUGCUGGACUGUCAUCUCAAGUUUCUUCGCGGAACGAGGUCUCGUCAGACAGCAACUCGACUCGUUCGAUGAAUUCGUUCAGAAUACCAUGCAGGAGUUGGUUGACGAAAAUGCAGACCUCAUCCUCGACCAAGCAGACCAGUAUUCAGGCCAUGACUCUGAUAUGACUCGUCGUUAUGAGAUCAAGUUUGGUCAAAUCUACCUCUCGCGUCCCACUGUUACGGAGGCCGAUGGCUCUGUGGUUCCAGUGUUUCCACAAGAGGCUCGACUCAGGAAUCUCACAUACUCUGCCCCCCUCUACAUUGAAAUGCGAAAAAAGGUCAUGAUCGGGCGGGAAGACCCAGACGUGCCAGGGGAAAUAACAUGGGUACAGGAGCAUGGGGAGAGGGCUGAAGAUGCUACCAAAGUCUGGAUAGGCAAGGUUCCCAUCAUGCUUCGGUCGACUUUCUGCAUCCUUCGCGACUUACAAGACCAAGACCUGUAUGAUCUCAACGAAUGCCCAUACGACUCCGGAGGAUACUUCAUCAUCAAUGGUUCCGAGAAGGUUCUUAUUGCGCAGGAGCGAAUGGCUACGAAUCAUGUAUACGUCUUUGCCAAGGCCCAGCCGUCACCGAUCAACUUCCUGGCAGAAAUCCGUAGUGCAGUCGAGAAGGGAGGAAAGACGAUCAGUCAGUUUCAAGUGAAGAUGUUCCACCGAAGCCAGGAGAAAACUUCGGGUAAUGUCAUGAAAGCUACCAUCCCUUACAUCAAGGUCGACAUACCUAUCUGGGUUGUCUUCCGUGGCCUUGGAGUGAUUUCUGACCGCGACAUCCUCGAGCACAUAUGUUACGACAUGCAGGACGUGCAAAUGCUGGAGAUGCUGAAGCCUUGUAUUGAAGACGGUUUCGUUAUUCAAGACCGCGAAGUGGCUCUCGAUUUCAUCGGCAAUCGAGGUACAACCACUGGUCUGUCGCGUGAUCGCCGUAUACGGUACGCCCAGGAGAUCCUACAGAAAGAGAUGCUACCCCAUGUCUCCAUGGCGGAAGGCUCCGAGUCGAAGAAGGCAUAUUUCUUCGGCUACAUGAUUCAUCGCCUGCUGUUGGCUGCAAUGGAGCGUCGCGAACUCGACGACCGUGAUCAUUUUGGCAAGAAGCGUCUCGAUCUUGCUGGACCUCUUCUGUCCAAUCUGUUCCGGAUGUUGUUCCGCAAGCUCACCAAAGAUGUAUACCGUUACUUGCAGAAGUGCGUGGAAACGCAUAAGGAAUUCAACCUCACCUUGGCCGUCAAACAUCAGACAAUCACCAACGGUCUAAAAUAUUCUCUGGCAACAGGGAACUGGGGAGAUCAGAAGAAGUCGAUGUCCUCGAAAGCGGGCGUGUCUCAGGUACUCAAUCGCUACACUUACGCUUCGACACUUUCACAUCUGCGUCGCUGCAACACGCCUCUGGGUCGUGAAGGGAAGAUCGCCAAACCUCGUCAACUGCACAAUACCCAUUGGGGUAUGGUGUGUCCGGCAGAAACCCCUGAAGGACAAGCGUGUGGCCUAGUCAAGAAUCUCGCUCUCAUGUCGUGCAUCUCUGUCGGCUCUAUAUCUGCGCCUGUCAUUGAGUUCUUGGAGGAGUGGGGGCUGGAGUCCCUCGAAGAGAACGCGCAUUCAUCUAUACCGUGUACGAAGGUCUUCGUCAAUGGUGUUUGGAUGGGCGUACAUAGGGACCCGGCUAAUCUCGUCAAAACGCUGAAGAAGCUUCGCAGGAAAGACGACAUCAGUCCUGAAGUCUCUGUCGUGCGAGACAUCCGAGAAAAGGAGCUCAGGGUGUACACCGACGCCGGGCGAGUUUGCAGACCGUUGUUCAUAGUCGAGAACCAUCAACUGCUUCUGCAGAAGAAGCAUAUCCGCUGGCUCAACCAAACCGUUGAUGAUGCGGGCGAGCCAUUCAAGUGGGACGGACUCAUCAGGAGUGGUGUUAUAGAGAUGUUAGAUGCCGAAGAGGAAGAGACAGUUAUGAUUUCCAUGACCCCGGAGGAUCUAGAGAAUUCCCGGUUGCAGCACGCUGGUGUUGAUACGAGGGUGAACGAUGGGGAGUAUGACCCCGCCGCCCGCUUAAAGGCGAGUACCCACGCACAUACAUGGACACAUUGCGAAAUUCACCCGAGUAUGAUACUUGGUAUUUGCGCGAGUAUCAUUCCCUUCCCGGAUCACAAUCAGUCUCCUCGUAACACCUACCAAUCUGCUAUGGGUAAACAAGCUAUGGGUAUCUUCCUGACCAAUUUCCUCAUCCGAAUGGACACCAUGGCCAAUAUUCUGUAUUAUCCUCAGAAACCGCUGGCAACUACUCGCUCCAUGGAAUAUCUCAAAUUCCGAGAGCUACCUGCAGGCCAAAACGCUAUCGUAGCCAUUUUAUGCUACAGUGGGUACAACCAAGAAGAUUCCGUUAUUAUGAACCAAAGCUCGGUCGAUCGUGGUCUAUUCCGGAGUAUGUACUAUCGCAGUUACAUGGAUCUCGAAAAGAAGUCUGGGAUUCAGCAGCUCGAAGAAUUCGAGAAGCCUUCUCGUGACAACACUCUUCGCAUGAAACACGGCACGUACGACAAGCUCGAGAAUGAUGGCCUUAUCGCUCCUGGAACUGGUGUUGUUGGUGAAGACAUUAUCAUUGGCAAAACAGCACCUAUCCCUCCAGACAGCGAAGAACUGGGUCAAAGAACUCGCACUCAUACGCGAAGAGAUGUGUCGACUCCGUUGAAGAGUACAGAGAAUGGUAUUGUGGAUCAAGUUCUUAUCACCACCAACCACGAGGGUCAGAAGUUUGUCAAAAUCAGAGUUCGUUCUACACGUAUCCCCCAGAUUGGUGACAAGUUUGCGUCGCGUCACGGGCAGAAGGGUACCAUUGGUAUAACGUACAGGCAAGAGGACAUGCCCUUCACCUGCGAAGGAAUCGUUCCAGAUAUCAUCAUCAACCCCCACGCCAUUCCAUCACGUAUGACAAUCGGCCAUCUUGUCGAAUGUCUUCUUUCCAAGGUGGCCACUCUUAUCGGGAACGAAGGCGACGCUACUCCAUUCACCGAUCUUACGGUGGAGUCCGUUUCCGCCUUCUUGAGGCAGAAGGGCUAUCAGUCCCGUGGUCUGGAAGUGAUGUACCAUGGUCACACCGGCAGGAAGCUACAAGCCCAGGUAUAUCUUGGCCCAACCUACUACCAACGCCUGAAGCACAUGGUGGACGACAAAAUCCAUUCGCGCGCUCGUGGACCAGUGCAAAUCCUCACUCGUCAACCAGUCGAGGGAAGAAGUCGAGAUGGUGGUUUGCGUUUCGGAGAGAUGGAACGUGAUUGCAUGAUUUCGCAUGGUAUCGCUGGUUUCUUGAAGGAACGUCUCUUCGAAGCCAGUGACGCCUAUCGCCUACACGUUUGUGAUAUCUGUGGUCUUACUGCUAUCGCGAAUCUUAAAAAACAAACAUUCGAGUGCCGUGCUUGUAAGAAUAAGACGGCAUGUUCACAGCUUUACAUUCCCUAUGCAGCUAAGCUCCUCUUCCAGGAAUUGCAAAGCAUGAACAUCGCUGCCCGUCUUUACACUGUGUCGUCCGGUCGUAUUCGAGAUUAA